AUGACAGCGGAAACGAGCACUACAAUAAGUAGCAUUAGUGGUGGUAAUUUAAAUACAAAUAAAGUGGCAAUUAGUGGCAAUCAAAAUGCCCAAAAGCGAGGAUUUCAUCUCGAAACAGAUAAAAUUGAAAAUUUACAGCUUUGUGAACAGCAAAACAAUACAAGUCCAUCGACACUGAACAAGCUCGGCACACAUCUCCUUAACUGGAUCUUCUGCGGUCCUUGCAUACAAUUCCUAAAAACAUCCACAACAUUUCACAAAAUGACCCUAACGGGUGUAACACUAAUAGUAACAUCUCUUCUAGUCGCUUCACCAAUUCUCUUCCUUAUAUCAGCAGCACCAUCAAUGCCUCAUAGUCGAGACGGAUGUUCUCACGACGAGUGUGGAAUUCAUCAUGUACCACCUGCCGAAUGUACCGACGUAAUUUGUAAGAAUGCAGCCGCAAGUAUUCAAGCAAAAAUCAAUUGGAAAAUUGAUGUCUGUAAAGAUUUUAAAUCAUUUAGUUGCUCAAAUCAACAGAAUAGCUUGAGGGCUAUCAAAAGUCCACAGGAAAUUGCCGAUAAUCAAAUGCUCCAAUUGCUAUCGCAAAACACGACAAGUGGAGCAUUUAGAAAAUUGGGUCGGCUUUAUGAGAGCUGCCUACGUCAAGAGCUAAACUCAAGUUCAAUAAGACUUACUAUGGAAAAGUUGGGUGGAUAUAUGCCGAUAAAUGCCUUAGGACCAUCAACUGUCAUGCCAUUGAUGCUGAAAAUGAAACAGUUUGGUGCACCACUUCUUUUGCUUGACAUUUAUUAUGAUUUAAGUUAUGGAAGAAGACCUCAAGUUCUUUUGAUCAUUGACAUUCCACCCGAUGUUCAUUAUAUCUUGCAAAAUUAUGUUCGCUUCCACACACCAAAAGCACCAUUAAUAAAAGUCAAUGAAAAUGUUCCAAAACUUCUCGAUGAAGUCCUCAAAAAUUUUCUCCCAUCCGGUCUGUCGAUUGAGCAGCGCGAGUCUGAACGUCAAUCAAUUCACCACUUUGUUCGCGAAUUAAAUCACAUCCGUCGAAAUCAUAUUGAUCGAGAUUUCUCAAACAGCUUUGUUGUGAAUAAUAUAUCAGCUCUAAUGGAAUCAUAUCCAUUUCUAAAUUGGUUGGAGCUAUUACCGCUGAACUGGAAUGGUCCAAUUGUGCUGCGAAGUCCAAUGUAUCUGAGAUCGUUAAAGACAUUAUUGAUGUCACAUCCGAAUCGAAUCAUACACAAUUCAUUAUUAAUGCUAUUUGUGUUAAAUGCUCUUCCUGGUGAUGUCCCAGCACCACUGUCGUGUGCAAAGGCAACGAUGUCGCUUAUGCCUGAAGCUUCCUCUUCACUCUUUAUGAGUCAGUUUACUGAUGCUGUUGUACGUGAUGCGAUUGCAAGGGUAAGUCUUACUGUUAUUACUAUUAUAAUCAGGAUGUGGACAUUUGAGGAUUAA